AUGGCUGAACUCGAAGCAUGGGUUCCCAAUAUCUCGCAAUCCGUUCUCGACCGAUUCUCCGACGAAGAGAUGCUUGUGCUUAUAUCACAAGCUAAAAUCCAUCGUACAGCCGCGAUUCUGAUUCUGCACAGACUACAAUAUCCAUUCGGGGAACGAGACGCUGAAGCGGUAUCAUUUGCCACAUCGAUUGUCGCAGACAUAACUCAUUGCCUAGAGACGGCCGGGUAUCAUCCACCGAACAUCACCCUGGCUAUAUUGGUGGCAGGAGCAGAGAUAGCAAAUGUGGCUGGCAGGAACUCAGUGCUCUCUUUGGUUUCAAGGAUCCGUGGGGCGGCUUUCUACCCCUUUGUAGCCAACUUGCGCAUGUUUCUCGCCCGGGUCUGGGCUGACAGAGACCAGGGAACAGCUCGGUAUCUGUUCCGUAUCUUUGAGGACAGACCUAGUCUUAGUGUCCCGCUUUGA